AUGACUGUGAAGCAGAAUAAAAAGGAACUAUAUAUGGAGUGUAAAAAGAAAGCUAAAAGAGCUGUCGCUAUCGCAAGGGGAAAGACACAAGAAAAAUUGUAUAGGUCUCUUGAAAGCCCCCAAGGCCAAAAAGAUCUAUAUCGACUAGCAAGAGCAAGAGAAAAGAAUGAAAGGGAUAUUACCCACAUUAAAUGCAUAAAAGAUAACGAAAAGAAAGUUUUAACGAAUGACGAUGACAUAAAAGACCGUUGGAGAGAAUAUUUCAGGAAGUUAAUGAACGAAGAGAAUGAGUGGAGUGGAGAGCUAGCUAAUGUACCAACUAACUUGGGUGUGGUGAAACAGGUGAGUAUAGAUGAAGUAAGAAUGGCAGUAUUAAGUAUGAAAAAUGGUAGAGCGACAGGGCCAGAUAGUAUACCAGCUGAGGUAUGGAAGUUUCUAAAAGGAGAUGGAUGGAGCUGGCUGGCUUUGUUCUUCAAUAAGAUGUUACACGAGGAGGAGAUCCCAGAAGAGUGGUGCAACAGUUUGCUGGUGCCCAUUUACAAAAACAAGGGUGAUUAUGAAGAUUUGGGAAAAAGUGAUAGAAAGAAGAAUGAGAGAGGAGACUGA